AUGAACACCAGUAAAGGAAACAUUCUACACGGUGGCGUAAUGGAUUCGUCUAACAGCAAUUUUCGAAUGUCGCAAAGUGAGAGAAAAGUUACUGCAGUGGCAGCUUUCCCAGUUUGAGAUUUACUACUGUUGAAUGGGAAAUAUAUCUGGACAGAGUUAACUACGUACACUUUCACUGUUUUAGCAGACCCGACAACCGGAUAUUGUAGUAAGCACCUCAGCAAAACACAAAACGAAAAAUAUGGAAACUUUAUCAUCGUCUCAAAUGUUUCAUUAUCCGGAGGAGAAUUGAAGAAUUUAUCUUCCACAGCAAAACAGUAGUUGCAUUAAACUUAUCUUCGACCUAAUUUAUCAGUGAAACAAGAGCAUUAUAUUUCACCGACUUAUUUUACAUCAUUAAGAUUACUCGCUUACCCUGACCACCUGUCGUAAGGUUCAGCGACCUUGAUUUCCCGCCAAAUGAUCCAUAUUAGAGCCUAACGCUUGUCAAAAAUCUCACAUGGAUACUGAGUAGUACUUUUUUAUAUACAGCCAGUAGGCUUCAGAACGUAAUUGACAUUGUGACAGAAUUAAAGGGCAAUUCUAAGGGUGAAAAAAAAAAUAAGAAAGUGUUUAAUUUAGAUGAGAUAAUCUCGCACAAAUAAAAAUUACCGUAAACAUUUCUGGGGCAACUGGCAUUAGCGCCCAAUCACAGCAGCGGUCUAGUCAGUGUACCGUAUCUGGCUGGCUAGUUUUAUUUUAGCAAUUUGACUGAGCGGCAUUACGAUAACCGAGGGAAAGUAGACCAGCACCUUGAAGUGUGCUUUCGGCUUAAUAUUCAGCCCAGUGCUUAUGAUUUUUGGCAUAUUUUUUNAAAGGGCAAUUCUAAGGGUGAAAAAAAAAAUAAGAAAGUGUUUAAUUUAGAUGAGAUAAUCUCGCACAAAUAAAAAUUACCGUAAACAUUUCUGGGGCAACUGGCAUUAGCGCCCAAUCACAGCAGCGGUCUAGUCAGUGUACCUUAUCUGGCUGGCUAGUUUUAUUUUAGCAAUUUGACUGAGCGGCAUUACGAUAACCGAGGGAAAGUAGACCAGCACCUUGAAGUGUGCUUUCGGCUUAAUAUUCAGCCCAGUGCUUAUGAUUUUUGGCAUAUUUUUUUCCCAGACUUAAAACAUGACAUCAGAUGCUUUGACGGCAUUAUGUAAAGCCAGAUCGUACAGACGGUCCCGCCGCCACUCCGAAGAGCGAUAAUAGUUCAUCAUAAAUGAACAUUUAACCACAUGUACGAGCCAAGUAUAACGUCAACUGCAUAUAUCUUAUCAGAAGCCUUCAACUGUUCCAUAAAAUUGUAAAGUUCUCCGCCUCAGAUACACAAAAAAGGGGUGAAUUGAACAGACCUCAAAAUUAAACUGACCUUCCACUUUGACAAGUAUUUUUAACAAUAAAUAUUGCAACUGCUUCAUUGUCAUGUUGGAAACCUGCUUCGUGCUGAAUUUGGCAAAUUUGACUUUUUUUAAUGUGGAAAAAGGUCAAUUUGAAACAAAUUGGUAACUUUUUUUAGCCCUUUGGUGACGGCCGGACAGCAGCGAAAAGACCGCAUUUUUCACCAACGUCUCAUUAGCAUAAGAAUGGCUAAAAAAUGAGUUUUUCAAAAAAAAAAACACAUGUUUUCCGACUAAUCUGGCGUAAUUAAGCAGCCUUUUUUUAUUUUUCACACAUGCGCAAAAGCCAAAAUUUUGACUUUUUUUUUUUUCGAAUCUAUUUCCAUCUUUUUCUCUUGCUCUCCUUUUUUCCUCUGCCUUUCUUCUUUAUUAGCAGCUUCGUUGCCCACUUUAUCGUCUUUGUUUUUGCAUGGAAUGGUGGCUGGCUAAUUUUUUGGAAAGGGAAAAAUUCAAUUUUCAAAUAGUAGUAUGCAAACAGCGAAAUUGGAAAUGGAUUUUUCCCCAAAAUGUUACCUUUUUUUGCGAGUGUAACUCUGUCAGGAUUGGUCAGGAUAUCCAAAACGAGGUAUCCCUGGAAAGAUUUGUCUUUGCUGACGUUGUUGCUUACCAUUUUAUUAACUUAAACUGAAACAAGUUUUAUAAGUUAUAAUAUCUUAACUUGAAAUAAACUUGUUGUUGUUGUUGCGUUGAAAGUAAAAGAGGUCCAGGAAGGAAAAUAUGCAUCGUUCCAUAUGGAACGAAAACGACUAACGCAGUCGUCGAAGGGUUAAUAGUGAACUUACGCAACAGGACGGGAGAGGAAAGAAGACGGCAAACCUUGUGUGACAAGCGUGACAAUAAUUUUAUUUGAAACAACUUUUCGCCAAACUUCACUUUCCUUUAAACAGAUCUUUUUGUAAAGGAGCAGAAAACCUUGGUGUUAAGUGAAGAUCACGACAAAACCCACAAGUGAUAGCCCUGUCACGUUUGUCACACACAGCUGUUUUGCCGUCCUCUUCUUCCUGCCGUCCUGUUGCGUAAACUCACUAAUUACUAUACGGCUACAAUAGUACGCGCGCUCUGAUUGGCUGUUUUCUUGUAAUGACCGGGCAUUACUAGCUACGUGUCCAAAGCAUAUACAAUCUGUGUUUAACUUGAUAGUGGAUAUCCCAAUGGACGUAUACUUCGUUUUCACUGUCACGCAGCAAAAAACAACAACUGAGCUGGAAACCGUCUAGUGGAAGAAGCCAAGAAAAUGAAAUGUUAUAAAAGACUAACAUAUAAACAAUCUGUCCAAGUCUCAGGUCUUUGUAGCCCAUAGUUUCUGAGUUACUUGCCGAAACGUUUCACGCACCUUUGUAGAGCUUUGUAUAUAUGGAGACGCCAUAUUGGGGUGUACCGUUUUGGUGCACCAAUAUAGCCGCCGGAAAUCAACAAAACAUCUGGAGUUCACUUUUUCUAUAAAAGCUCUUCCUUUUCACUCGGGAACUAGCGUACCUCUAAGACUUGAAACUGUUAUACUGCUGAAAAUCAAGAGCAGAGACUUUUUUAACGAGACAGCAUUCCUAUUUUGGAGUCACGCACUUUGAAACUGCUGUAUUAUCGAAAUGAAAUAUGCUACGGGAAUGUAAACUUGUACAAAGAUUUACCUUUUGUUUAUCUUCAACCUAGCGUAUUAAAUAAGAAUUCGUAAAACCUCGCCAUUUUGACUUUACUUCACGGUGAAAACCAUCUAUAUGUUAUGGUCACUGACCAGUGUCAUCUGACUGUAUCGCGGCCUCAAGUUUACAACUCGCUGAGUUGACGUCGCGGUUGUUUUAAAGUUAUCCACUCACCAUGUGUUGGUUAUAAUUGGUCGCAGGCUCAGGUCCACAAUGAAAAGAUCAUAUAAUAAAUAACUUAUUAACCUCGUCUGUUUGGUCUUUACAGGGAAAUCUCAGACCGAGACCUUGAUGUAUUGACCAAGCGAUCCCAAGCGAUAGGGACGUUUCAUAUCCAGGACUUAUAAUCUAAAUUAAAGAAAUCGCUCCAGUUGAUAAAAAAAUCGUAAAAUCGGAAAGAAUGAUACCAUGAUAAAAUCUGAAAAAGUGAAAUGAAAGACUUCUACCCUUUGAGUUUUAACCUUCUAACUGCGUUUUAAAAGUCGUUUAUUUAGUAAAGUUAGCUGUCCAGGAAAAAAGUUUUGGUGAUCGUAAAUCAGCAGGCACGUAAAUAACAUAAGACGCCAUAAUCAACCAUUGCUAAAUGAAAAAACCGUUAAAUAAUUAUUCUAAACGUAUUUUCGUUUAGGUCUUUUAGGAACAGAAGGUUCGUAGAACGAAAAUACUGCUCUGUUCUGCUCUGUACCUUAGAUGUAAAGUUUCCUUAAAGAGUUUUUCGCGCCUUAAAUCAGUAUGACGUCACCGAAAAACCCGUUGGUCGCGUCAUUUGUGCUGUGCUUAGGCGAAACGUUUUUGGAUAAAAGUACUUCAUUAGCUUGCAAUCAUUUCUGCGUAUAAAGAAGGCAAUAAUGACAGUUGAAACAACUGAGACAUUUCCGAUAACUCCUAGAGGUAAGUUAAGAAGUUGUUUUAACAAACCUUUUUAGGUCGUGCUUGAUUGUGCUUUUUUCUCCGUUGUAUCAAACUGAUGAAAGAAACUUUACACUUUAAAGGUUCACCUAAAUAGCGUAUUCAUUUUAAUUUCCCAGAAUUGCCAACGUUUGAAGCACAUCAAGAGCAAGACAAAAGCAAGGCCGAGCUUGGUUUAACUGAAGAACAGGUGGAAACGUUGAAACAAGUUAGUUCACUUGUGGGAAUGUUUCAACAAGAAGCCUUGAACGAGAAACAGACGCGGUUGUUAGCCCAACUAAAAGCUCUCGAAAAGGUUUGUGCGUUGUUUUUUUUUUUGCUACCUGUAAUACCGCAACACAUAAGCUUUAUAGUAAUGUCUUGUCGGAUUUAAGGCACUAAAUAUUACUGAAAGUGCAUGCAUGAUUUGCGCUAUUUUGAGUUUUUUCAAUUUUUAAACGUUGGGUUUACAUGGAGAAAUUUUGGUCCUCGUGGUACCCAAAUAUAGAAUGUUUGAGAAGGAAUUAACAGUGGCGGGCGACAAAAACGAACAUACGAUUUGGGCCCUUCUGCUCUCUUUACUCGCGUUAACAACCUCCUUUCAGCAGAAUUAUCACAAUAAUCAGCUCGUGGUAACGCCAAACGAAAUGAUCGGCCUUUAUUGCCGUGAUUAGCCACUGAACGACCCGCCGCUAUUUUUGUCUGUUUUUUCCCUAGUACUAGGAUCUUACUAGCGAAGGCAGUUUACAUGGUGCUAGGAUCUUCCUACUUGUCAGCUAAGAAGAUCCUACUACCAGGAAGAUCCCAGCUCUAGGAGCAAGUACAACCCUUCGCAUGUAAACUGAAUACAUAAAACAUAUGGCGCUAGGAUGAUCCGCCUUCUAGGAUCUUCCUGGUACUAGGAUCUUCCUCCCUUCAUGUUAACAGCGGUUAUGAUUAUAAAUGAGCCUAUCAUAAGCUUACGUUCAUUUCCGUUUUUCGCGGAUUUGCAGGACAGAUUGGCAACCGACGCUUGGAAAAUUAUUGCUGCUCUCAAAAAAGAAAAGGGCGACCUUGAGGCAAGUAUAAACACAUCAAAAUUAAUACCAACCUUUAUUUGAAUGCCUUUUACAUGUUAUAAGAACGUUUCAGUAGGAUUAUAUAUAAGAAACUAAUUUUUAUCAAAUCUAGACUCAAGUUGAGAGACUUAAAGCUCAAAACAGCAAGCUCAAUACAGAAAGCUUUCUUUCGCGGAGACAUAGUAGCAGGUAAACCAAUUUAAGCUUAUGUCAUGUACAUAUGUAUCUUAACUUCCAUUAAGAGGAGCAAACCAACACCAAUAACGGGAUCUAUACCAUGACUGUAGUAUAAAUUCCCAAUCAUUUUAAUAUUAAUUGAUAACUUACCUGUUAAAUAUUGUGAAAUUCUAGGCUUUCAGGCAACACUCGCGAAGUUCUGAUUGAAAGCAACAAUAGAUUUAAAGGUAAGAAAUUAGAUGUCUAGAUACUAACCCUUCCUAACCUUUUACGUUAGACUCAGAAUUUCCCAAAAUUUUGCAGCAUUGGUAGCAAUGAAACUUUUCGGGACAAAUGGUUGUUUUCAGGUUCUCUUUCAACAGUUUUAUAGGUUGCGUAACUGAAUCAGAGUUAUGAUUCAUUUUUUAAAAACAUUGACAUUUGGCUACUUCUUGGGUCUCCAUUGAGAAAAUUAGUUUAACUGCUCUGAUAUAAAUACUUCAAAAGUUCAUUAAAAGAAAUUUGAUAACAAUUUUCUUCUUUCUAGAUGAGCUAAGUAAGCUGUUUUGUAAAAUCUCUACUGUGCGCACAACUCAAGGUCAUCUAGGUGAUAAGGAAAUGAAGGAACAGCAAAGAGAGGUUAAAGAAUGUUUUUAUAUGUAUUUGUGAAUAUCAAGAUGAUUUCAUACACUCCGAUAAAUGGCAUGCAGAAAUUCAUUGAAAAAUUUGUUGGUUAGAACACCCGCCCGCCUCCACUCUUCUCUAGAUUCUGAUUGUAAGAUAUGGUACCCGAAAAGUUGACAGAACUCUCCGGAAACGAGAGCUGACCAUCCCAAUAAGGGAUUUUACUAUCUAACCUUACUUUAUCCCUGCUACAAUACACUACAAAUGAUCUAAGGAAUUUCCACGAAGCACAGAAGAUCACUUUUCUUGUGCUCCUAUUCGAAAUUUUAGUGUUAUCAAACUUGCAUAAGUUAACGAUGCUGUAGCAAUGCCUUUGGAUGUCAAUUCACAGCUAAAAGAUGUUGUAGAUACUGUCCCAUUGAGUACAAGCAGUAACAAGGAAACAUCGAAAACUGUGGACACAAGGUGAUACACUAGGUUAAUAUGUGUUGGUCAGUUUUUACUUUUCCUAUGAGUAAACUCUCGUGUUUAUAUUUAUUUAAUAAAAAAAAUAGCGUGAUUUACAACCCAGCGGCAAGUAGUAUAGCUUAAUUCAGGCUGAUAGAGCUCAGCGACUGUUAAUAAGUACAUUUUUCCUGGCUUUGUAGAAACCAAGAUGUUAUUCAUCAAGAGAAUGAUUCGGCUCAGGAUUCACCCGUCACACCUCCUCGAGGUAAUUUUUUCUGUUGUUUUAUUCCUACCUUUAUUACAGAACACCCUAUCUAGGGUAUUUGAUGGGUAUAAGCUUCCCUCCCAAAAUGCCCAGCUUCCCCCACAAAGACCCACAAGUAUAUUGUUAUCAUUACACUAUAUAAGUAACUACAGUCCACUCCCGAUGAUACGAACCUUCAAGGGAAAGAGAAAAUAGUUCGAGUUACCGGGAGUUCGAGUUAUCGAGGGUAAAAUUAUACCGAAAGCGAUCUGAAGGGAAACGUAAAUUGCUUCGAGUUAGCAGGAGGUUAGAGUUAUAGAGGGUUCGAGUUACGGGGAUUCGACUGUAUAUUGGAAAAAUUAUUCAGACGCGACGAGUUCAGCGCACAUGAACUAAGUAUUCCCUGUCUAAGGACAAUAUAUGACAAGGAAUAUGAUCACGACUAAAAAAUAAAAUAAAAUACCACUGUAACAUCUCUCAAAAUUGUGUCUCAAAAUGCACCAGAUUCCAUCUCAGCGCAUAUUAAUUUCAAAAAAUUUCCAUGCCCCCGGAUCCCACUAGAAAGCCCGUAGCCUUCGGCCACUCGGGACUUUCCUCCAAACGAUAAACCCUAGAUAGAACCCUGCCGUAUAAAACAUAUCCCCUAGCAAGGCUAGUCAAACUGGCUCAAAGUACAUAAUAGGGCAAUUAAGACGUAAACUGCCACCAUUUACACUGGCAUGUCUUACAUAAAGAUGCGCUUACCUUGGACGCACACAUGUGUGAGUGUUGCUAUUGGUUACCGCAAUCCAACAAAUUAAAUCCAGCUUGAUACCUAAUAGAACGACGCAUUCGUCUAACGUAAGACGAGAAGGUCAUCUUUACGAGGUUUUCUUCGUCUUAGCUAAGAUGGGCUUUAUCUAAAAACUGGCGUUACGGGCUGUUCUCCGUUUAUACGCGAAGUUCGCGUCUAAUGUAAAGGUGGAUUUCCACUGUCGUGUAAUUUUUACGUGCGUACGCAUAAAGUAGAGGCAAUGUAUGGAAGGUCGUGCAUAAACGUUAAAGUUGAACCUCGCUCAACUUCUGCGUUUACGGACGGCCUUUCGUACAUUGUCUCUAUUUUAUUUACGCACGUAAAAUUUAACGUAUUUUACUUGACAGUAGAAAUCCACCUUAAGACGGGUCAUAUUUUCCCGCGUGUAAAUGGUCGUACAGGUCUUACCUAUUCAACAGCAACAAACCUGUACCAAAUUGCGUUGGGGUCUUUUGUUGACCUCCAUCAGUAUAGCUUAGACUCAAGAUACAAAGACGGCAGACUGACUGAUCCAAAUUGAAGUACUGUAGUCAUCAUGGUCAAAAUAGAAAUCUAAACAGUGAGAUGGUAAAUAAAUAAAUGAAUAAAUAAAUAAAUAAAUAAAUAAAUGAAUAAACAAUUGCCACAUAUUUCCGUUUCUGGUUUGAAACUUCUUGCUGUAUCACCUUCACAAAUAAUUACGCAGCUGACUCAAGGACAAAAUAAAUCAGAGGUGAAUUAAUAAGUUCAUCAAUAAACGUCCCUGAAAAUACUUCCUGUUAGUUUCUUGAGCUCUGAAGCUGGUGGUUUAAACAACCGAUUUUUUGGCGCAUUUUCUCUUAUGACGAAGGCUGAGAUUUCGCUGCAUAUAGGCCAUGAAAGGUAGUAUUCCCCGGGCUAUCAAUAAGAAGACCCAAUGGGACUAUCAUUUUGGCUUCUUGUAUCAUCGUCCUUUUCUUUAUACGCUUUUUAAACUGUUCUUGUCGCUGCCUUCUGGUGCAAAUCUUAACAUCGUUCGCAAUAAACAACGUUCAGGUUCUUGGUCAAACUGAAAAUGGGUCAAAAUGCGGUGUUAAAAGCAUUGGCCUAGUUCAGUCUUUUUACUGAACCUGUCUAUGGGUAAUAACUAGUAACUACGAUCGCCUAAAAGUCAGUCUUACGUGUUAUUAUCGGAAGGAACAAAGAUGGGGAUUAGAUUUUACAUUGCGGAUCACGUAUUGGUUGCUUUUUUAAAUGUUGCAGAAUUUCGCGAUCCAGUUGCUGGAGUAUGUGGUCUGGAGAAUCUUGGUAACACUUGUUUUGUGAAUGCUGGCUUGCAGUGUCUCUUCAGUGUAGCCCCAUUCUGCCGAUUCUUUUUAGGUUUGUGUUCUUUGACUUCCCUGCCUGAGCUAAGUGUAGCUAAGUGUUGUUUAACUUGACGAAACAUUUGCAGACAUUUUACUUCCUUUAUUGUUUAGGUGGGGGUCACAACACAGUAACUCAUAAAAGCCCUAAAGAAAAUCAGGUAAAACUAAAGUUAAAAUCUUUCAAACUUUAGAGACGAUCAGUACAUUCAUCGUAUUAUGCUGUUGACUUUUGUUGCCAAUCCUCCUCUCUUUUUCGAUACUCUGAAGUGUUUCGAGAAAUUCUUCAGUAUUACCAAGUUGCGUUGCUAAAUCUUCCACAACAUACCUCUACGUCGUUAUGUGUAGGAUCGGUGGUCUUAACUCCUAGCAUGUCGGCGUUCUGAAAAUAGUCUCUUCUGCCCGGUCGUCCGGUACAAGUAGAUUUUCAUGCAGUGGGACAAGUAAGUUUUUUGAGCUCAAUGCCCAGUGGUCAAAGGUCCGUGAACAAGUCAUCUCGUGUAACUAGAUUACCUACUAAGCAAGCAAUGGUCUCUGGGAAAGGAAAAUGCGAGACCUACUUUUCCAAAGAAGAGGCUGCAAUUAAACUUUUUCCAAGCUCUGGACAUCUAUCCCUUUGCCACUACAUUAAAAGUACAAGUUGAAGUGGUUUCUUUGUUAUCUUUGGUUUCAGGUUUCUUUGAGUAAGCACUUGGCUGAUUUAGUUAAGAAGGUUUGGAGUGGGUGCUAUCUACAGUGUGAUCCUAGUGAGCUAUAUAAAGCAAUAACUGCGCACUUCCCUACUCAGCUUAACAGGCAGAGACAGGUGACAGAAAAGUCCAUAAUAUUCUCUGUCUUUUUUUCAGGGGGGAGGGAAGGAUGCAGUACUUCUAUUUUUAUACUCCAUAUCUAUCAAAAAUGUUUUACAGGAAAUUAUUUCUAUUAGGAAGAGUUGUUCUUGUUUUUUCAGCAUGACUGUCAUGAAUUUCUUGCACUAUUUCUUGAUGGACUUCACCGGGAACUCAACUGUUCAACCUUACCAUCGUUAUUUCCUGACCAGUCUGAUAACAACGUUAGUGCAGAAGAGAAGUGGAGGUAAGAUGAGGUAUUCAUUAACUCAUUCCAACCCUAUAGGUGCCUUUACACUCAACAGUAAAUGGUAAAUCCUUGCAAACUGAAUUGCAGUCGUACAAGCGCUACGAAUUUUUUAGUAGUGAACGGUCAUUCACCCCCCAACCUAAAUAUGAACAACUUUUAAACCAAAGUCCUUCAGUAUGUAACACACACAUCAUAUUAGAAACACCUUAAAAAAAGCUGAAUAAAGUGCCGUGGAAUUCGUGUAACUCGGCUUUAUGCAACUUGUUUAAUGCUUAUUGUUGUGACUUUGCACUAAAAAAACACAAGUUUUAACAGCUUCGCAAAGUUUUAGUUCUAUAGUUAGAAUAAGUCUAAGGAUGGAUUUCUAACUUUCGCGUAAUUUUUACGUGCGUACGCGCGUAAACUGUACCGUGACAUGCCUUAAUGAAAUAGGGGCGAUAUAUGAAAGGCUUCGUGUAAAACGUAAAAGUUGAACGAGGUUUAACUUUUACGUUUACACACGACCGUCCAUGCAUUACCUCUACUUUAAUUACGCGCGUUUUUAGAUCAACCUUAAGGCAUAGUAUACUGUAAAUCACUGGCCUUAUACAACUUCGUCAGGUGUUUCAGAGAGCUUAUAAUUAGGGGGCUUAUAACCGGACUAAGAAAAUAACGUUUGAAAACAAGCUACUUAGAAUUGCUGGUCAAAAUACGAAUUCAUUUCAAUACAAGCUAGAGGGGGCUUAUAACCGGAUGUAUUUUUUGUCUUCGAAGUAGAUAGAUAGAUAGAUAGUUUAUUAGAAAAUAAUAAAUAGGCAGCCAGAGGCCGAAUUGCGUAUUUACAAAUGAAACUAAGCUAAAAAUAGAAUAAUUUACAAUACAUCAAUAUUAAAAAUAUUAAAAAUUCAUGGAUAUAAUAUAUAAAAGCAUUCAAACCGAAUCAUUUAAUUGUACUUUAGACAGGAUGACAAAAUAAAAGUGUUCUCAAAAAUGUCUUCACGUAGAUGGGCCUAUAAAUAGCAGGCUUAUAAGCGGGAGUUUACGGUAUUUUUACAAAGAAAAUAUAGGUAGAGAAGGGUGACUGAAAAAUUAAUUUGCCAGUUUCUGCUCGCGUAACCUCUCAAAAUGAAGAGAAAAAAGUAUUGCAAUUUGUUUGUUCAGCCAUUCAUACAAUAACGAUAUUUUCAGACAAUACACGAUGAGCAAUGAAUCUCUUAUUGUGGAUACUUUUCAAGGGCAACUUCAGAGCAAGGUGAGUCUUCUGCGGGUCACGGUCCAAAGCUGUUCAUAUAUGUCGUACAAUACUACCCUCUCAAUACGUUUAUUCAGUUUGGCUUUGAAGAAUUGCAAAGUACAUCACUAAUAAAUAGAUUUAGCUAAGGCUAAAGGCGAAGCUUCCGUUAAUAAUCUACUGCACACAAUAAACUUGUAACUACAGUGGAAGCUCUCGUGAGUGGAUACCCUCUUGACGCAAAAAGGUGUCCGUAACUGGGGCUGGCCGUUGACGGGAAUGUAAAUAUACAGAAUUUGCAUGGGAGUUAGGAAAAACGAGGUUUUGUGAAGUAGAGCUGUCCGCUUCCUGAGUGUCCAUUUGGAGAACCUCUACCUGUAUUACAAAGAAAUCCGCCUGGAGUUGAGCCUGCGAUUAGUUGAAAAAUAAUAACUUAUCAGCGGAUAACAUAACAAAACUCGCCUCGAUAUGUCGACAUCUGAAACCGCGAUACAGUCAUAUGAUACUGGUCAGUGGGUAUGAAUUGACCAAAAACAUGGAUGUGCAAUAUCAGGUUGUAGGCUCCCACAGUAGACAGAAGGUGUGACAUUUUACAUCGGAUGCCCUGUGGUGCGGACGGACAGAUGGACGUACGGUCAAGUGACUACCAAAAUUUCUCGGAUAUUUACUUUGCUUUGCGGUGCUGCGUUCGCGUGCGCACCGUAGAUAGCAACGGUAGCAUAGAUAGCACCGCUAUCAUUUCUCAAGUGCAUUUCCAUCAACUUAUGUUUGGAUCCACUUUUGUCUUCUCAGGUCACUUGUUCCAACUGCAACCACGAAUCAGUUAAAUAUCAGCCGUUUACUUUUCUUUCUGUUCCAAUCUUGAGUGAAUCAUAUCACACAUUUGGUAAAUAUAGUUAUUUUAAUCUAGAUCUCUCAAACCGCCAGUGUUUUAAGUGACUGGGGUUUCAAUAAUAUAAAAACAUUUCAAUCAUAAGUUCACCCUUCCUUAAUAUCAGCUCCAGGAGCCGAUCGGCUCUUGACAGCUCUAAGAAGUACAUUUAGAGCCCACGGAGUAUUUUCUUAAGAUAAAAUGCUAAAAUGAUCAAAUGACUGUUAAGGCGUAUAUGUCUAUGUCUUGGGAUAAGAUAGUGAAGAAUUGAUGAAUAAUUAACCUAUGUAUUUAUUUUGUUUUUCUUAGUUGUCACAUGGGUUUACAGCUACACUCCAAACACAAGUCACGGAAACACGCUGUCAGCAGUCAGGUAUGUUUUACUCUCAAACUAAGCAGAAGCGUGCUAUCAUUCUUGCUCCAAAAGUGCGUUCUGUAAAUAUAUCAGAGGUGUAAUUUAACCAAAUCCACUCGUUGGUUAGUGUGGAGCUUAACAUUAUUUAGCAAUAGGAAAGAACCUCUGGUACCCAGUGUCAGUACUGGCCUAGGCUGCCAAUUUAAAAAUAAAGUUGCCUGUUUCAGGCUCUCAGAUAGUAGGGAUAACGCUAGCCUGCGAUCAUACCCUCUCCCUUUGUCUCUGUAAUCUGUUUUCUGUUUUCCUUCUUGAGCCAAAGAAGCAGAGAAGCAAAAAAAAACCGCCUGAUCUCGUCUCGGGUUAGAAUUUUCGGAACAUUUGUUGUAAAAUUUCUUGCUUGCCUGCCUCUCCUAUGAUUUUCGAACAUCAAAAAAAUGGUAUAAUUGCCUAUUUUUAACGGAUUUUUACCCUAAAAAGGUCACCUAGAAUUUUCGGGAGCCUUUUUUCUGGCUGAAAUUUUCGAAAAGGUAAGUUUUGAUCCCUAUAAUUUUCGAAUCACUAGGCUUUCAGCUAGGAAAUCCNAAAAAACUUCUCAUGUCUCUCAUAACAAACUAAACUACAAAAGAUAUAGUACAUUUUAAGUGCACGUUUAGUAUCCUCAAAGGUCAUUUCGGGCACUUUUACAUGAAAAAAAUAUCUUGAAAGCUACUCCUACAGAAAGGUUAUCAUACAAAUUUUCAAUCUCCACCUUAUGUGCUAUCAAUUCGCAGCAAUCAUCCUUUGUCCCUCGAAUUGGUACCAAAAUCAGGAUUGGCCCAUGGACUAAUCUUAGUGAACUCACUUUUUUGCGGUUGUUUCAUGGGAUCCCAUGAAAGGAAAAGGUAAAGUGAUAAACUAAAAUACAUUUUGUUUUCUGUCGUAGAUAUAAAGUCCAAGUGACCAAACCAAGCACCGUUCUUAAAUUAAAAAGCAACUUCCUUUCCCUGCUCACAGCUGAGAAGGAGACGCCACAACUAAAAGACAUCGUGGUGUGCGUGGUGAGAAACAGCCAAAUAAUCUCGAUCAUGGUAAGUCCGUUUGCUGCUUAAAACAUCCGUUUUGUGAGUUCUGUGCAGUUCAGAAGGUUUUACGGUUAUCUUCGUGAAUUGGCAAGGAAAAAACCGCUUGAAUAAUCUAACUUAAUCUUCAUUUUUUUUCUUUUACGACUGAAGGAGGACGGGCAACAAUUAACACCAUUUACCGACCGUCGCAGUAAAUUGUAUAUAGUUAAACCUUGCCAGGUACCCGAGUCUCCUUAUGUGCAAGAAGACGAAAAAAGCACCUCAUUUUCCUGCCUCGCGGGGAGAGACUCCACCGUGUUCUAUUCACCUGACGUUGCCAACACCACAGAAUUUAUGUCAGCACUUGAUGAACUUCAAAGUGUGUCUUCACCAGUGAGUAAAAACCAUCUUACCAGACUGGUGAACCCUGAUACCAGCACUCCAAAGACACCCAGACAGAGAACACGUGCAUCAAUAUCAACCGUAUAUCACUUAAGUGGCACAUGCUGUAUCUGUUUGGAGGAAAAAUUAUCAGAUAAAGAACUCAUUUCACACGACAAGUGCGGAAGUUUGUUUUGUCGCCAGUGUCUACAGGUAGGUGCAAACCAACCUUGGAAUUGUUGAAUGAUGAGUUUAAAAUUCAUGACAUUGCCUCCAGAUCGUGGUGUCAUGUAAGAUGAUGAGAUCACAUGCUGAAAAAAAAAAGGAGCAACAGAGCAUUCGUAACAGAGGAUUCGGAUAAAAUAUCUGCCUACCCCUUCCAUGAUCGUUCACGUUAUAUGCAAAAUUCUUCAGAUGUGCGUGGUACUAAGUACGGUUAAAUCAAUAUUGUGAUUACCGGCGGAAGAAAUUUUUGCACAAAAGACCUGGGGCCGGUUGCUCGAAGCCUGGUAAGCGCUAACCGUUGGUUAAGAGGUAUCAAAAUGUAUAGGUUUCCAUGGUAUUUAACGCUGGUUAGCACUAACCAUGCUUCGAGCAACCCGGGCCAGGCCGCACUUAAUUAUUCUUUUAAAUUUAAUUUUUAAACAUUUUUGAGACUGGAUUGCAGAGAGAUUGACCAUGGUGCAAGAAGAUAUAUUUAUGAGCAUGAAAAUUUGUCUUUUGUGGCAGGAUGCUGUGGGUGGUGCUGUUGAGAAUCAUUUGUGUUGCCCGGUAAGUGCCGUGCAAAUUCUACAAUGCACCACGUACGACUCGUCUGCGUGGUGGUAGUUGGGUUGUAUUUCCAUAGGUUCUUUCUUGUGACGCCCACAGCAUGGUUGUCUUACUUGUUCCUAAUUGCCAGAUGACAAGAAUCACAUAUUAAAUUAAAUUAUUAAAUUAAUUUUAUUUAAGCUCGAUAGCGUGAGGAGUGGUUGCCCAAUCUCCCGAGCCCGGGGCUAAUGUAUUAAACGCUCGAGCAUUCCGGAUCGAAUUGGAACUUAGAAAUGUUGGUUUUUGCGGAGAGGGGAAAACCGGAGUACCCAGAGAAAAACCUCUCGGAGCAGAGAAGAGAACCAACAACAAACUCAACCCACAUAUGACGUCGAGUCCGGGAAUCGAACCCGGGCUUUAUUGGUGGAAGGCGAGUGCUCUCACCACUGCGCCAUCCCUGCUCCCCUAUUGGGUUGAUCUUUUUGGUAGGCACUUUGCAAUAAAUGCUUUUUUUACUGACGAAGCAUUCCUUGCUUUGACGUCUAAAAGUCUUGAAAAAUGAGUAGGUUUAGAUGACCUUCUACGAGGUGUUGGCCUUUUUGUACUUAAGUUCAAAUAAAACGACUAUCCAACUACCAAGUCAAAAUUUCACCCCUAGCAGAAAUAUAUUCUCAGUUCACCAAUGAUAACAUUUUAGAUGAAAGGCUCUUAUUAAAUGUGGUAUUUUUACCCUUUAAUCGGAGUGUGCCAGUCGUGGAAGCCGAUUGAUCUUUGAAUGCUUAGGAACUGCCACCAUUGCUGGCCAUAUUACGAAACUUCGAUGAUAACGAGUUUUUCACUUGUGUUUGUUGGAACGUAUUGUUUACUCCGACAGAGAUGCGCUAAACAAGCAGCAGUCACUCUGCCGCGGCGUGAACUGGAACCCGAUAAACCCACGAGGUAUUAUUAUUCAAUUGUGUACGCCCAGUUCCUUAGAGAUGAAAAGAAACAAAUUUAUAUCUUACAGGAUCAUGUACCCCAAUCAAUCAAUCAAUCAAUCGAAAUUUUCUAUAUUUUAAAACAGUUUUAUGUUAGCACGUACGUAUUUAGCUCACUAGACGUUACGUGGAUAAAUAAAAUGAUCUACCUGAAUCUUACUUUGUUAUAACGCUCUUCAAACUGCAAAAUCCAAAACGGUCUAUUCCAAAUUAAACCCAAUCAAGAAAGUUUCCCGCAGCUGCUUCAGCCAUGAAAAGACAAAUCAAUCAGCUUUUUGUAAAAUUUUAGCUUCGCCAUAAAUUUUUUUUAAGGGAGUUUAGGAGUGCAAAGAUGAACUUCGUCAAAUCAGUUAACUUCGUGGAGAAAUCUCAAUGGCUGUUGAUGGUCAAUUUGGUGAAACUUUGUAUUCUUUGAUGGUUAGCAUUUGUUUUUUAUGUAUCUUGUUUCUUUGGGUUUUUUUCCUUUUUUCCAGCUCCUCAUCAAGAAAAAGCUCAGUAUAUCAGGGGCGGAUCCAGGAUUUUUCUUAGGAGGGGGUGCACCACUAACUGACCGAUGACGUGAAAAAUUUUAAAAGCGAAUACGAAGAAGAGGGCUUUUGACUAGGAAAUAACAUAAUGUGAACUACUGAGAAUACAUAUCAAACGAUAGAGCAGAUUUUGUAUGUCUGUCAAGCGACUGCACAGUGUUAAUUAGAAAGCGGCCGCAGGUCAUCCCAGGGGGGGGUGCGCACCCCCUGCACCCUCCCCCUGGAUCCGCCCCUGUAUAUAUUCCUUUAUUUGUUUCUCACCACUGAUGUGAGAAAAACCAGCAAAGCGACGAUAUCAAAGAAUUACUUCAAAUUGACCUUUUUAUGUUUUAAUGCGCGCGUUGUGUUGUGAUUGUAGGAUGAUUCUUGUUCCAGUUGUCUUAAGGAGGUUCGAGGAGGAUUCUAAGGUAUUUAGAUUGAUCCUAAACCUAAUCUUGUUAUCAGGAAACAUGGGUAGUUGGUUAUAUUGUGAUAACAGCAGUACAUUAAACGUCCCGUUUAUAUGGCUUCCGGUCAAAAAUGUCUACUUAACAGGGUAACACGAAGAAAGACUACGAACUACUCUUAUUCUUUUAAAGACGUUUAAAACUAACUUUUGGAGAGCUUGUCUCAUUUGAGCUGAAAAUAUAGAAAACAGCUUGUUGCAUGCCGAAAAGGAAUGACUUUUAUCUCUCUCUAGUAUAUAAAUUUUUCUUUACUUGAUAAUACUAACAAGAAUAUUUCCCAGUUUGUAAUGCUUUUAUCUGACCACAUAAGUCGCAGAUUUUACUAAAUAAUGCAUUAGAUUUAAGGGGGUACAUCUAUUCGUUGUCUCGUAUGUACCAGAUGUUCCACUUUCAGCUCUUCUAUAUCCGAAUGAAUUGUUUCCGUUGCAAUGUAAUUUGUGGUUAUACGUCCAGGUUGGAAAGAAACCAUUUACCUGCAUUCCCUAGCACUUGUUGCUAUAACUCUGUAGACCAGUUGGAAAGAGAUUUUGCUUGCUUUAUGGCAGUUAUAACUCUAUUGCUAGAGUAAUGAUUGUUCCUUUGUUCGUGUACUUGACAGUCUCGUUACAUUAAAUAACAGACGGAUUAUGUUUAUUUUAGACAAAGAGGCUAUUUGGACAUCCUAACCUGAUAAUAGUAUCCAAGAACUUUCGUGGAAAAGAUUUGUACGCAUUCGUAGAAAAAAUGUUACCUGAGCCAAUAAGACAAGAGCAGGAUUCAGCCUCACUUCCGGCUUUUACUUUGCAUCUAGUAGAGCAACAGGUGAGUGGUGCGUUUAUUCAAGGCGCCCUAGAAGAGAUUUUCAGUAGCACUCAGGGUAUUGUAACAUUCUCCUUACGUUAAUAUGACGUUGAUACAGCUACUUAAGCAAUUUUUGCACACAUAAUUGCAGCCAAAAUAUACGGCAUUUUGUAUAUAUGUAUUUAAUAAAAGAAAGAAUUUUAUUUUUUUAUGUAGCUAAAGCAAAAUAAAGUUACAGAUGGAGUUAUCCAUCUGUAACUACGUUACGUGAAUUUUGCAAAAACUGUUAGUAAUCUAUAUUUCAAUGUUUUCACUAUAUUAAGAUAAUCUAUACACUCAUUCAUAGGGACGGCACUGUUCACGCUGUACAAGAAUAACUGGCUGUGGUGGUUGCCAAGUGAAUAAGGAGGCCAUUCUUAAUCUCCAGACAUGUGACAAUCUAGCGGUGCAACUAAAAACCAUUGGUCGCUGGGAGGCAGAAAGGGUGAGGAGAGCAUUAAAACUGGUACCAACGCAUAUCAGCAGCCGUUAUUAUGGUACUGUAAGAAGCACAUAACACAAAUGCAUUCGACAACAGAAGGAAUAUUUGCCAUCUCUGCACUAUGGUUGUUUUCAUUGCUCUUAAUAUCUUCUCUUGUAUUUAAUUGGUGAAUUUCUAAUUAUUUACUGAUCCAGUAAAUUAGUAGUUCACUGCUGACAAGAACAAAACCAUCUUAUUUUAGUUUUUUGUGUUCUCUUUUUUUCUCUACGAUUAUAAAACGGUCAAUACCCUUCUUCUCUGUGGAGUAUUCAGUGUAUUUUAAAGUCGUAAAUUUUCAGUAUGGCCUAUCACUAAUGAGAACUGGUCAGCAUUAACUUGUUUCACCAAAACUUUAUUAGAUGAGUCGUUGUACUGAGCACGAAUCAAUUUGGAAACCUCGAAAAAGAGAAGAUCCUCUGAAGCUGGAGCACUGCUUAAAACGGUUUGUAGAAAGGUGCGUCAGUCAUGCAAUCCAACACGGUGGUAAGCGAGGGCGACUUCAUUAUUCAAUUGCUCGUUACGACUCAGUUUCUAUACAUAGUCCUGAGAAAUUUUACUUGGCAUUAUAGCGGAGCCUCUGCAAGAGCGCCAAGCCGCGCCUGCUAUAGAAAACGGAAACCUAUACCGAUGCGAGAAAAUUUGGUUAUGCCGUCAGCGUACACCCGUCCGCCCCGUACGCACUGGCAGGGAGGGACGAGCAGAUUCUGAAAGGGAGGAACGGUGAAUCCAAGACAUGCAGCUUGAGUUUGUCUUGGCGAAACGUUAAUCCUUUCACCUAGAGGAAGCCAAUGUAGUUUUUACAGAAAAGACAUUGAAUUUUUUUUGUUUGACUUACGACAAAAAACUUCGGAAAAUAUAGUUUUAAGGAUGUGCUUUUAGCUUGGUCACACUUUCCAAAGAAGCUUACAUAUAACUGUUCCAUUCCCGGCCAGAUAGAAAGAAAACAUAAUAAACUUAUAGCGAACACAAAGGUCGGCCCGAAUUUUCUUUUAGGUCUUCCCUAUCAGGGAGCUUUGGUAACGACGACGGCAAUGACAACGAGAAAUGCAAACGUUUUUUAAGAAGAACAACAACUUUACACGUGUAUCACGUGUUUCUUUGUCGUCAAUGCACGAUUACGACGUGAAAAUGUCUAAUUACACGUUUCAUGGAGGACGUAAACAAGCGACGGCGAAUUUUUCUCUCUCUUUCUAAACUCUAGUGCGGUCCCCAAGAAAUCUAUUCCUGGAGAAUUCUCCUACGUUUGACAUUUUCAGCGAAUUGCAAUGAACCCGAGAAGGUUUGAAGAAACGCGAAUUCAUUUUAAAAGCGACGUUUUCGCUGAUGUUCCGUGACUCUAGAAAUCGUAACCUGUAAAUUGGCUGCCACCAAAGAGUAUUGUCAAUUAAAAAGAUUUUUUGCUAUAAGCAUAAGACUCUUAGCUUAAUGGUGUUUUCAUUUCAGUUGUAUUUAUCGGAUAUUUUCUCUUAAUCACCCAGCCCCUCCCUGUAAAAGAGUAUUCUUUUUAGUAGGUUAGAGUUUAUUAUAUUUGAGUUAAUUGCUUUUAUUUAUAAGUAUAUAAACGGAGGCUUCGUUCAGUUUAGCCCUGGCUAAAUCUAUGUAUUAUGAUAGUUGUCCUAGUUACUAAUAUAUUCAAAGAAAAGAAGAGUCAGCUUAAAAGUACACUCAGGCGUUAUGACUCCCAGCUUAAUGUAAUGUAAUUUUGUUUUCUUUUGUAGCGAGAAAUUACCCGACUCCUGGUUUUGUCAAAAGUGCCACGAGGAAAGAAAUGCUUUUAAAGCGCUUUCUAUCUGCAGAUUGCCUGACACUCUUAUAAUUCAUCUUAAAAGGUGAGUUAUUUAAUUAUCUUGAUGUACUCUAAAAAACAUGACUCGAAGAUUAGUCAGAAAGAUUAUCGCUGCAGCUGUGUCAGAGAAAGCAUCUUUUUCUUUUCUUUACGCGGAUGAAGUAACGAAAAGCUGGACUUUAUACCUUUACUGAUCAUCUUUGUAGUGAAAGUUUACUGGAUCAUUUGGCUAAACUAUACAUGUCUUUUGAACAACAGGUACACUCAAAAUGGUGUCAAGAUUACCACUCCAGUAGAAUUCCCUCUAGAAGGACUUGACGUGUGUGAAUACACUCAGCUAGAAGAUUGUCCACCGGAACAGUUCCUGUAUGAUCUGAUUGGCUGUGUUUGUCAUCAGGGAAGUACGUAUCCUACAAAUAAAAUGAGGCUUUCUACAGUGCCCUUUAAAUGUUAGUUGAAUGAAUGGCGUGAGAGUGUGAGACUGAAUUAGAUACUCGACCAUUGUAAAAAAAAGACGUUUGCAAUAAGUACGAAGCACGCAAUAACGCAGGGUAAUUGAUCUAUUUUAGGUUACUCCAGCGGUCAUUACACGUCAUACACCAACACAAAUAAAGUCUGGUACCGAUAUGAUGACUGCCAUGUCACCAAGGUAACGGAAGGAAAUGAAAACUCUCUCUACAGUUUCUGUGUUCAUCUAAAGUUAUCCUUGAGCUGUCUGUCCUUGGCCAAAAAUUGGUAUUAUCCCCAAGGUUCGCGGCAUUCUUAUGCACCUAUCAAUGUUAUCAAAAGUAGGUUGAGUUUGAUCGUCCGGGUGAACGUAGUCCUGAAUAGGACUGUUGUUGUUGACAGUUACUGACGUUUCGACAACCUGUGCUGUAGUCAUCUUCAGAGUCAAAGUGAGUUGUAUCACGUCAGUUGAUGGUAUUAUACUCUGGUUAUUGAAACCAAUAACAAUAAUAAUAAUCAAUAACCAGAGUAUAAUACCAUCAACUGACGUGAUACAACUCACUUUGACUCUGAAGUAACAGUCCUAUUCAGGACUACGUUCACCCGGAAGAUCAAACCCAAACUACUUUUGAAAUGACUCCUGGGUUCAAACCUUUCACAGUUUUAUCAAUGUUAUGCCGGCAGGGGUGGGGGGGGAAGCAGGGCAUGGGGUGGGAAUUUGAUUGUCUUUGUUGGCCCUGUGGUGGGGCAUUUGACUGAUCUUGUCCUCCCAGGGGAUGGGAUAUUUGAAUCUUUCUUCGCCCGACGUGGAGAUUUUAGACUGCCGACUCGGACGAAAAAAACUGAGACCGAACAUAUGUUUCUCGCUUGCACGCUUCACGCAUGCGCCGUACGGUCUGGAAAACUCAUGGAGGCCAACCAUUCUCGUCCCCAGAGCCCGUCGUUUCUUGGUCACGUGGUAGGGAAACGAGGGGCUAGCCACUGGUCGGUUGCAAAUUAAAGGUCAAAUGAACCAAAAUUUCGACAUUUUUUAUUUUAGUUCAUUUCUAGUGAAAUGUGUUUAAUAUGAACCAAAUAAACAUACUAUGAAGUUUCAGCUCAAUUGAACCACUUAUCUCCGAGAUAUUCGCAAUUAAAAAUUGCUGUUUUUUGGCCCUUAUCUUCGUAGAACGGUCGGAAAAAUUGUCGGAAAAAACAGCUUGUGACGUCAAUGUUGGUCAGGUGAAAAGGGCGGGAAGGGAAAUUCAAAACAGAGUUUUUCGAGUCGACUUGGCGCAGAAGUGGUUUGUGCGGCCAUAAACCUGGAAAGAACAGGCAAUUUGUCUUUAAAAGUUGCAAGCUGUGGUUAUAACCUUCUUAUUAUUUAAUUUUCUCGAAGAGUACAUCAUAGUAAAACGGACUUUAACGACAUUUACUAAUUUCCUUGAGUUGUACUGGAAAUGUGCGUGCGUAAGUCCGAUUUUUUUCAAGAUGCAUUCACAAAAUGUGUUCAUAUAAGGAAAUUCCUGGAUAUAUAAGGUCCGGAGCUCCACCGUGGACACAAAUAUCUGCAUAUCACAUAUUAUCUGCCCAAAGAAAUUCAAGUUUGUCCACAAUGUGUUUGAAGUCACUGAACUUUGUCGCACUCGAGCUGAUUUUAAAACCCACGCUCGAUCGGACACUUCUAGCUUCGCAGAUCACUAAAAUAUAAACAAAAUCCUCAAUGUAGAAGUUUUGGUGUUGAUAUGUUGGCAGAAAAAGAGUUAAUCUUUAUCUAGUAAAUCUUCCCCAAGAUCGGUUUCGAAGCAACCAUAGUUUUUUAAACUUGAUCGUUUCGCGCAGAUUAAUUUUGCUUUGUGUUGUCAAGUUGAACAUGCAUAACACCUGUUAAAAACCUACGCGUAAGUAAGAUUUCCUUCAAACAAAGUUAAAGUUAUAUUAUUGCAAAAACGUCUUUCCAAUUAUAUAUAAGAUUUAAUUACCGAUAGAGGUCACUUUAAGGACCAUAGACACUACUUUAAGCUGGCAAAGAGAUGCGACAAGCAAAGAGAAAUUCCAUCAUGCAUGAAAUUCAGCUUACGUGAACUAAAAAAAGCUUCAAUAAGGUUGCAAAACAACAAAUUUUCAUCAAAAAAACAUAAGGCUUAAGGCUCUUUUACCUGCUGACAACGAAGUGAGCCAUGAUUCCGACUACUUUGCUAGAUUAGCUACGUUUUUUAGUAAUAACUGGUCCAUGCGAGGGUCUUCAUUCAAGCAAAUUAAACUCAGCAAACUGAAUCAUUAGAAAAUACAGAAAACUGCACAUAAGGAUUUGUUUUGCUCGCUUCAGUCAAAUCCAGCUCCAGCAACUGUUUACGCGGGCAAAGAGUCGAUUGUUUUGGAGUCACUGCCGGCAGUUGUCAUUCUCCGCUACUUCACAGCGAGUGAAAGGAAAAUUUGCGUACAGAAAGAUAACAAAACUAUGUAAUUAAAACCGAAAAAACUAAAGGAAAAAAACUCUGACUAUUAUUACUUGAGCAACAGAAAAAUGAUCGAAAUAGUAGUUUCUUCUCGAGUAAGCUUGAUGGCCUUCUAAAGUUCCAAGGAAGUUUUAAGCGCUCAAGUUUGUUCACUCGCAAGUGUUAGUAUUACGAUUCUUUGACAUAAGACAAGGAUAAAGUUGGUUCUGCAAAGGUAAGUAAAUCUGGGCAUGUAAAAAAGUAACCGUAACUACUAAUAACAGAAUACGAGCAGGUUUUAAUUCAACCUGGCGAAAGAAGGCGAAGCACUGGACACAAAAUCAACUCACAAAUCGAAUGUACAAUUAUCAGAAAAAUACAAACCUGUUUGUAAAUGUUCAAAACGUUUUAUUCCACCUCAGACUGACGGAAUGAUCUGUUCAGUUUACUCUAACAUUGGUUGUUCUGAAUCCAAAGUAUUUUUCAAGUGACGAAAAAACAACAACAACAACCAAAACAAAAAAAAGCCUUUACAAGGAGCAAAGGUUCGCACCUCGUGUAUUUCAUUCAGUCUCAGUCAGAACUCUCACAGAACGAGACAAACAAACGCAGGUGAUAAGGGAUGCGCAGAAGCUUGCGCAGAACGUUUUUCCCCCCUGAAAGACCAACAUUGACGUCAUAGUCUCCAGUCUGUCACGCGGCCAUUUCAGAAACGUUUUCGUGAAGUUUUCGGAAAUGCUCGGAUUUUGAUCUUUUAUCUUUCUAUAAAGGCUUGGGAAGAAAAAUCUUUACCCAAAUCUCACUUAGGAUGGUUCUUUUUAGUGUUUGGUGAAGGUAAAGCGAGAAAAGAAAAUACGUCAAUUUUUUGGUUCAUUUGACCUUUAAGCCGAGUGGUUCUGGGGACGAGAAUGGGAGGCCAACGGGAACAAGCGAAAGCUGAGUGGAUUUCACUGUUUUGUCUUCAAAUUCCGUUUGUUUUAGCGUGUUUUUGAUCAACUGAACCUCUUAAGAUCCUGUGGUAUCAAAGUAAACGGAAGUAAAGAGAAACCAAGUCGAUUCUUGCAAGUACAAUUGAUCAGUGUAUGGCUCAUUCGCUACAGUCGCUGUAUAAAGCUUGUAAAACUGACUUUCUUUGUACCCUUUACUAACAAUGGUGUAUUUAAACUUACAAAAUGUGGACUUUCUCCUGAAAGGUUUCUGUAUUCUACGCAGUGUAACACGGAUUAUGGUUAAAACGUAUAAUUGCAGCUGUAACAGGAACAUGUAUCUUUUGGUGAUGCAGCAACGUUUAUAAAUAAAGAUUGCAGAGUUUUAUUUGGAGAUAUUUUCAUUGUGCCUUUCUUGGAUUCUGCCUUGGGAUAUUUGAAAGCUAGCCCGGGGUGGGGAAAUUUGGUUGCAUUUGACUGGAAUGAUUUGCCCGUGGGCAGGGAAUUUGACGGCAAAUUUUUGAAAAAUGUCAAAUCCCCACCCUAUGCCCUGCCUCCUCCCCGCCCCGCCAGCUGGUCUGAACGUGCAAAGUAAAAUGUGGACCUCGCGUUAUUUCAAGAAGAUACCUGAGAGUUUGUUUUAUUUCUGUUAAUAUUAUUUUAUUACUGUGUUAAAUCUAGGAGAUGCCCAGUAUCAAUUGUUAUAGCGAAGCAUAUAUACUGUUCUAUCAAAGAAGGUCAUGUAAGUUGCUAACUGGUGUUGUUAUCAAUAAAUAAACUAGUAAAUUAAUGACUUCUAAGAGCUGAGCUUUCCAUGUUAGAAUUAGGGUGAAUGUACGGCUUAUUGCCUUUACUGUUUAUACCGUAACGUUUUAGAUAAGCUUUGGAAAAUCGUUCUCAAAAUAUCCGCAUUUCAGCUUAGCCUAUCUAAGCCAACUGUAUUUUAACAUUGAAAAGAUCAUUUAUCUUUUAACAUGUAAAAUUACUUUCAAAGCUAUUAUAAUAAAGUCGUGCCGGUUAACUUGGAUUAGUUGGCUUGACGUACAUCAGACUUACGUGGGCAAGACAUACUUUCUUUCAGAAAUCGAAAUCUGGUAUAAACGCAUGCUUUUUAUCUGCUAAAUUGCAACAGAAUCUUGUGGAACCUAUAAUUUCUUGCUUUCUUGCAGUGUUAACCCCUAGCGCAACAGCAAGUACAAGUCCAAGGUAAGAACACGUUUUUUUCUUCUUUCGUGGUAAACUUUUGCUGGCAUUGAACUCAAUUUGACUUUAUCGGUUUGUUGACAACCCUUUGGCGACACAAACUUUGCUCUUUUUUCUUAAAUUUCCACGACAAUUUUCUCUUUUUUAAUUUAAAGGGUGCUAUUGACGCAGUGAUCUUGUUCUAUUAGCAAAGUAUUCAAAAUGAGCAAAAUUUUCGGCGAUCACAACGAAGAAUUCACAUUCACAUAUAGUAGAGCAUAAUCAGGGACGGAGUCCCUCUUGAUUUUUUCAUUUCAAAAUAAUGUAACUAAGGUCGUGUUCUAUUGGGAAAACUCUUUUUUUGGUUGUUUUGGUCGAUCAUUUUUUUCAAUUAGCUCAGAACUUGUUUGAAAUAGUUAAAAACGAUGGGUGUGUCUGCUAUCUGUUAACGAACAUCGAUUGUGCAUGGACUGUCACAAACCAAGGGUGCUUUCCAAGUCAGAACUGGCCAGCUAGACCGGUGAUAUUAUUGAAAUGAAAUGUUUCGAAAUAAGUCUUUUCUUGAAAGUUUUAUUCAACCCAUCAUUGCCUUGUAUAAACCAUUAACAAAUAAUCUGAUCUGGCCAGAUAGUCCUGAUUAAUAUUGGAAUUCUCCUGACGACAGGGCUGGUCUGGCCAGACAGUUCUGACAAUUGGAAAACGCCUUAAGCUUCAUUUUGUACCUUUUAUGCUUUUUAAUUUUUACUGCAUUCUAUGGCAUCACAGGUCUUUACUUUCCAGAAACUCAGAAGAAACCGAUCUACCUUUAUUAGAAGAAACCCAACACAACGCAGAUAAAGGAGAUCUUUUACAAAACCUGCAAAAGUCUGCCACUAACGCAAACGUAAACAUAUCCUGAUUUUAUUUUCUUUCUGUCAUCUCUUCUUCAAAUACCUUACUCGUAUACCAUGCAAAUGUUCACUUUUCGAUUUUUUCUUUGUAUCAAUAGUACUUCAUAAGGGCGCUUUAUCUUUUCUUGAUAGGCAACUAUGGAGGAAAUUAAAGAAGAACCAGCGCAAGAGUUCACCAAUGUUCAAUCCUCAAACCAACAAAGUAAAGUUCAUACAUUUUUAGUGCUUAUAAUAAUGGUGAAUAAAGGCUCAAUGGUAACCGAUUUCUUUGCUUUGUUUUAGAUUGCACUAAACUUCCUUCGAACGGCGGCCUUCUGAUGGAACGAAUCAGAAGGUAAAUUUGACGAAAUGUUCAUUUCUGGAUUAAUUGUAGAGGGAUGCUGAUUAAAAUGAUAGUGCUUGCAUUGCAAAUCAUGUGCACCUGACUCCCCGGUCCAAUUCAAUAAAACUUUUGCAAGUAUAAUUUACAAGUGUGGCUUUUGUUUUCAGACUCUCAAACAAAAAAAUAGCUACUACACUUGUAAAUUACAGUUGUUAAAAUUUUAUUAAAUUGACCCCUGCAUUUCCUUUGCAGGAAAAGAUUGAAGGCAAUGCAGCAGAAGAAGCCCAAGCAAAUGAAAGGUAAACAAAACUAGUUUUAUUGAUUUGGGACAUAAGGAAAAGUUACCCUAAUCUAUGUUACUGCUAGCCUGAAUUUCAUCCGAUUACCUCUAGUCGUUAUUACUCCCUCAGUAACGACGUUACUGAGGGAGUAAUAACGACUAGAGGUAAUCAGAUGAAAUUCAGGCUACCGUAAAAUUCCGAAACUAAGCCCCGGGGCUUAUAUUUUUCAAACGCCCUUUUUGAGGGGCUUAUUUUUGGAGGGGCUUAUAUUCGGAGGGGCUUAUGUACGGAGGGAAAUUUGCGUUUCAAAAUCGAUGAGGCUAGCUUGUAGUGGGAAGGAAAUUUACCAUUUUUACUUUGUUUUACUUUGUAUUCGACGGCAAAUUCCCAGUACAAGCCCCCCCGGGGGGCUUAUAUUCGGAGGGGCGAUUUAACGGAAGUUUUUUUUGCUUUACGUUUUUGGGGGGCUUAUAUUUGGAGGGGCUUAUUUUCGGAAUUUUACGGUAUGUUAGAAUUUAUUGGGAAAUAACAUUACAAAACUCUUACUGAUGUGCAUGUACUCUUACAUAUAAAAACUUAUAAAAUUUUGGGGCAAAAGACCAAAAGUUACUCUCCUUGAUACCCAUUGUUUAGAUUUUCAUCGAAAGCUAUCGAAUUUACUACGUUUACCCAAUCUUUUCCAACUCUUAUACCCAGAAACCACAUGAUGGGUCCAAACAAUAUGAAACCAAACCCAGGGACCAAAUCCUUGAAGGGGCGAUUAGCCCUAACUCGGGGUUAAGUUUUAAUCUGGGUUUCUUUUUCUUUUGUUCAAGACUAUUCUCGCGUGUCUUAAUCAAUACUUUAACUUGGUCUACAAGCUAAAAGCAUACCAAUUCAUCGCAAAAAGUUAAUAGUCCCAUCAAUAAAUUCCUCAACUGAUCUGUAAGACCAUGGGUUAGGGUAACAAAAAAUUAAGUAACACGUUAUAAUAAUAAAAUCAGUCUCUUUUGAAUUGAUAUACAUAGCAACCCACCAAGAAAAAGACUACCAAACCUCUGUCGUCUGUUCCAGUGAGGAGAAUGAAGACAAAAGAGUGAGCAAAUGUUAUUGUAAACAGUGCGAAUAUCUCACGAUUUUGGAGAAACAGGUAUGACUAGCACUGUUCAAGGCCAUGGCGCAUAAUCUAAGGAGGAAACUUUGACCAGUCUGUCUAGUUUAGUCAGCCCCUUGUAAACGUCUUCUUUGAAAUCUGUUACAGGUGUAUUGUUAAUGAAAAUUUUCCUUCCAGGUUUUGCCAGAUUGCAAAGCCUCACGUUCGUGACCAGUGGCGCUCAGUAAAUAAACAUUACAUUUCCUUAUCCGUCCCGGUAAAAGAUUGAUCACAUCGAUUUGCUGAUAGUGUGUAACACUUAGAUCGAGCUCGAGAUCAGUGUAUUAUUGAGUUUGGUUAAGUUAUUUAUCAGAGACGAGCGAACGAUUAUUAAGCCGCACGAAAUUAAGGUGUAGGGGUUAUGCCCCAAGGAAAUCACUAAAGAAACAAUUUUUUGCAGAUUAAAAAAGCCAAACUUUGCACUAGUGAAGUAACUCCUUUGGAAACAGCUGAAAAGGGUAACAUAGACUCAAGAAAGUCAUCAUUAACAUCAGUGUCGCAUUCGGUGAGUUCAUCUCUGUCGCCAUCAGCAGCAAACUCCUGUAGCAACACCUCAUCAUCUGAAGAAGCCACACAAGUCAAUAAAAAAAAGAGAGACGAUGGUCAACAAAGUAACAGGUAAUAUGUGCGCCGUUUUUUUUGUGGAAGGAGUAUGAAAAUGUAGGACUGGAUCAUUUUAUGGUUGUUUUAUUAAGCAACAAUUCUUCUUACUACGUAUCUUUUAGUGAACCAUAAUACCUAGAAGCUGCAGGGUUCACUUUGUGAAGUUCCGCCAACAUCAAUGGUAAAGAGAAUUUAAGUAGAAAGGAAAAAUUCGACCGAAUCGCUCCGCCUACAUUUGUGUGGUUGAUUAUGGGUGGUUAAAUAGCGGUCACAUGACCUUACUCGUUUGCUUGUAAGAAUGGGUCGCUGUUGUGUCAAAAUGCACCAUAGGGCUGAGCCUUUGGAGGAGUUAUGACUUCUUUUAUUGGUUAUUAAGAGAUUGGCGCAGAAACUGGCUCAAAAUUCGUACCUAUAAAAACACGAAUAACCUCCAUGGUUUACUCAUAAUCCACUUCUAGCAAAUAGAUCUCUUACAUUCAUUUCUUUAAAGGCAUAGGCGUACGGGCCGGGGGGGCGAGGGGGGCUGCAGCGCCCCCAAAUUUUGGGCAACUCAGAUUUUUUGGGCAGCAAGAGAAAAUUUGGGCAAAGCCAGUUUUUAGAGACGUUUCCAUGUGUUUUUAUUAUUAUUGUUAGUUUGAAGAGACAAAUAUUUUCUAUUUUAAUCUGAAAAAAAUCCUGAUGUCGGUGUAAUAAUCCAGUUACAUUCUCUCGUGACAGUGGUUACCUAGCACUCGAGGAAUUCCUGGUUAUUAUUGAAGGGUAUCAUUUGUUGAUUUACAUAUUUAUAGUUUUUUAUUGUUGAGCACUGUACUGCACUGUACUAACUGGAAUGGGCUCUUUCCAGUCGUGAAUUGAUUAGAAUAAACUUCCGCAUAUCUUUCUAGAAUCAUCUCCGCUCGUAGAACAGUGUAUGGCAGAUAGCAUCAGCAACAGUGGGUCUGAAAAUGAAGAAGUGGCUGACUAGUACUCAAUCUAUCAAGCAAUAAUUUAUUAAAGUAGACCGAAAUGUUUACAAAACCGUUAACAAGAGCGCCUCAAUACAUACUAAAGAAAUCCUUUUCUCCAGCAAUCGGCCGGAGCUAUCUCCAUGAUCUUUUACACACGUUUUUAAAAAGAUUCAAGCUACUAUGAGAAGAAAUUGCAUGAAAGAGCUUCGUUUUCUACAGAUUACGGCCAAACAUCAAGAUUUUUUUUUACCAUAUUUCUAACGAUAAAAACUUCAUCCCAAAAUAUCUCGGUAACGCUCUUAUAGAUUCCGUUUUAACUUCACGAACAUCGAGGCAACUAUUGCAGAAAAAAUCUCCCGUGAACGAUUUUGUAGGAACACGGUUCCCAGUGCCGAGAAAUAUUGCUACAAGUAAAAUAGACAAUGGCGUCAUUUCGUUGCUAUGACAACUCCGAUGUGAUUAAACAAAUUUUCAUCUUUAUCUAAUAAAACUAUUGUAGCAAUUUUUCCAAAUGUUUGUCUAUGACGACGUAGUUAUGGCGACGUAGUUGGAAGGCAUUGACGCUGAAAAACUGUUACAGUAUCGAGCCACCUUCAUAUGCCAGUACGGCCUAUGUUGUUGCAUCGUAUGGUUCUUGUUUCGUUUCUACUGGUUCGUAAAAAUUUGGGCAACUUGCGAGAAUUUUUUAGGCAAAUGGUUUACCGCUCCCCCUGGCAAAAAGUUGCCCGUACACCUAUGUUUAAAUGGAGCAAAUGAGGACACAAUUGACACCAGCACCAAUGUUACUUUUAAAGAGCGCUGCACGGGUAAACCGGAGGUUAAGGGUUUUAAUUCUGAAGCAGUCUGGAGCCUUUUUCAGACAUGUUAAGAGGGAGUUGCAUGAAUGUGAUAGAAGUGGGGAUUUUAUAACCGUAAAAAUAUUUUGAAAUCAAAAUUCUAAAAGCAGAAUUGCAGAUUUUAGCUCAAAACGCAAGCCGAAAAUUUUUUGUACAGUUAUGUAGACUUGCAUGAAGUAAUUUUAAUUUUAAGUGGACAAAAACCUUGUACUAGAAUAUUUUAAGCCAUAUCGCAUUUUUUACACUUUUCAAGAGCUAUAAAUGUAGUAAGUUAUAUGAAAUAACGCCAAAGAAAAGGUUCCUAUGGGAGCCCGAGAAAAUAAAUUUCAAAAUUCACAGGAAUUGCGAAAAAGCAGGUAAAAUCAUCACGCGUAAGAUUUCAUUUUGUAAAAUUUGAAGCUUUUGAAGUUUGUUUUCUUAAGCUCCCUUAAGAACCUUUUCUUUAGAGUUAUUUCAUAGCGGAGCUCUCAUACGAGGACCAUGAGUAAGAAAAUUUGCUUAUCUAUGCAUCCGAGAAAUUCUGGUAAUCACGUGACCGUAGUCCGCCCGUCCCCUGUGUCCGUCCGCAACACAGGAAUACCAAUGUAAAAUAACUCAAUCAAUAGGUAUGGCAACCCAGACUCGAGGUUUUGGCUUGAAAUUGCGUGGUCUCCGGGACUUUUAGAGAAAAAAAAACAUUAACAAAGCUGAGUUUUAAUGUCUACACUGACGUGGAUAACGGAGAAAGAGCUAGAGCGAGAGAUUAAAAACAAACGAGGAGAGGUUUGUUGGAAAAACAAAAUGAAAAUUUUAUAUCGGCUGUGAAGUUCUGUGAGAAAACUAGAAAUGCUAGGGGUCAGCAAGGAGAAGCCAGCAAAGUAAAAAUGGGCGGCGAUGAAAAAAAGAAGCGAGCAGGAACACAAGCAACAAAAUCUUUGGUGAGCAUGUACGACAUUUUUUUCCAUAAAAUGAUCAAAAUGUGUAACUAGAAAGUUUCAAGCUGUGGUCGUGCAAAACAACAGCAAAGAAAUGUACAAUUAAGUGUGCUACACGUGCAAAGUUAGACUAAUUAGACUAAUCUAUUUUUUUGCAGUUCUCGUUGCAGUCGCCAUUUAGCAUUGCUCGAUUUUAUUUUUUGUUUGAGUAAGUUAUAAGUAUAUUAACGAGAGCUUCGCUUUAGCCCUGGCUAAAUUAUAAUUAUAAAUUAUAAUAACAGUAUAACUUAAUACAUUUAUAGCCCUCGAAAACUGUAAAAAGAUUGCCAUAUGAUUGAAAUUAUUCUGGUGCAAGGUUUUUGUCCACUGAAAAUUAAAAUUACUCAAUUUCUUGAUGAUUCCUUCUUAAUAUUUUCUUGUUUUAAAAUCAUUAAGUGCUGGCGAGAAAAAACUUGAAGCAGAGAAACUAUCAGAGAGACUUCAAUGUGCAGUAGAAAACGAGAACAUCAGGUUCGUCAGUUUGUUUUCCCGCUAUCAUUUGUGCAUUUACUUGACUGAUUAAUAAAAGAAGUGUUUUGUUUUUUAAUAUCGUCUGAUAUUUAUUUGCGUUUGUCUUAUCAGACGCGCCGUGAUGUUAUUAAGACGUGGUGCUGACCCUAAUAUCUUGGUGAACGGUUUAAGUGCUCUUCACGUUGCUGUAGGACUAGAGUCUCCUCUUAAUAUCCACUUCACACGCCUUCUGUUAGACUAUGGUGGUAAUCCAGAUAUUGCUUCUGCAGAAGGCCUGACACCUAUUCACGUGGCUACCAUGUGGAACCGUGUUAACUGCCUCAAACUUCUGAUCGACAGGGGAGGAAACCCUUAUGUCUUUCUGUUUCUGCCAAACUUACGUAAUUGUGACCGAUCUCUCAAACUCGUGCUAUGUUCGCGUCUAUGUAGUCUGAAGGAUCAUUUCGAACUGCUAGCUUAA